AGGUGUAUCCUACCUCCUACCGAAAAGAGUCAGGAAGCUUAUACACCUGAGGAUUGACAGACUGCUGCCGGGGGACUGGAGCUCAAGAGGCAGGAAGUCAUCCCAUGGGAGGCACAGUGGAGAGAAGCGGUGGUCGCUUGCAGAGGAGAUAGGAACGCAGAAGGUUUAUUCCUUUAUCAGUUCCUGUAGAAAUCUGUAGGUAGCUGUUGACUUUCAAGAAGACCAAAACUGUUCAUUUGGAUCCAAGGUCUGCCUGUGAUUUCAGCUGUAGGGCUUAUCAACACUAGAAGCAAUCAAGAAAGGAAGACCAGUGCAGGUCCAUCUCCAGCGGUGACUGUGGUGGCCUUGGAGUGGUGGAAGAGUAUCACUUUCAGCAAGUCUGCACUCAGGAACCAUCAUCUUCCCUCAGUCUGAGUGCCUCUGCCCUCUGUCUGUAUCAUUGACAGAAGUUUUGUGUUCAGAAAGGGGACUGUGUGACUGUUGAACUGACAAUUGACUCUAACUCUUGCUACAAAGUUGGUCUCUGACCCCGUGAAAGUGUCAACAUAUUGACCCGGGACUUGUUGAGAACCAAGGCCAAGACUCUAUAGGGCUAUUGAUACAACUGGGCUUUAAUCAUGGGUGGGAAAAGAAAUAAGGGCAAAACUGAAAAAAGGGCUAGUGUAGAAGCUAAAACAAAGAGGGAAGCUAUUGGCGUAGGCAGACCUGUAGCCAAGACCCAGGCCAAAGCAAUAGCCAAGCCAGAGGUUAAGGCAAAUGCAGUGGCACAGGUGAAGGCAGUGUCUAAGAAGAAGAUUGUUACUGAGAAGAAAGGAGCCCCAGCAAAUUUCAGUCCCAAAGUUGAAGAUGAGGCCACUCAAGUGUCUCAGUGUCAUUCUGUGAAAAAGGCCGAGGCUGAGACCAAGUCCAUGUGUAAAGAUAAGGCUGGUAUUGAUUCCUGUGCUGGGGAAGAGACCAGUGUUGGUUCCAGGUUCCAGAAUGGAGAGGCUGAGACCAAGUCCAUGUGUAAAGAUAAGGCUGGUAUUGAUUCCUGUGCUGGGGAAGAGACCAGUGUUGGUUCCAGGUUCCAGAAUGGAGAGGCUGAGACCAAGUCCAUGUGUAAAGAUAAGGCUGGUAUUGAUUCCUGUGCUGGGGAAGAGACCAGUGUUGGUUCCAGGUUCCAGAAUGGAGAAGAGACUGAUAAUAGUUCCAGUGCCAAGGAUGAAGGUAAAGCUGAUACCGGUGCCCCAUCCUGUGCUGAGAAGUUGGAGCCUGUGGCCAGCGCUAGCUGUAAAGCUAGGCCAGGGGCUGAAGAGGAGGAGGAAGAGAAUGUUAUUGGGAACUGGUUUUGGGAUGGAGAUGAAACUAGUUUUGACCCUGAUCCUAAACCUGUGAGCAGAAUACUUAGGCCCCAGCCUGUGGAUGAAAUUAAUGAAAAAGAUAGGCCCAAAGACUGGUCUGAGGUAACUAUCUGGCCCAAUGCCCCUGCUGUAACUCCAGCAGUGUUAGGAUUUAGAUCUCAAGUCACAUCUGAGACAAAGCCUCCUUCAUAUAUUGUCCUGGGCUCAGCUGAGGAAAAUGCUCGUGCUUCGCCUGAGGAAACAGAGAGUCUUUCUAAGAGCAUAUUCUCAUGCUCAGAGUCUCUCCCGGAGCACCCAUUUGGUUCUGACCCUUGCAUUCAGACUAUAGAGCAGAUUAGACGCCAAAUCAAGAUCAGGGAGAUGAAUGGGAUUAAGCCAUUUGCUUGUCCUUGCAAAAUGGAAUGUUAUAUGACUUCUGAGGAAUUUGAAAAACUUAUUACCUUACUUGAGUCAACUACUGAUCCUCUCAUUCAUAAAGUAGCUCAAAUUGCAAUGGGGAUCAUUAAGGUUCAUCCAUUUGCCCAAGAGUUCAUUAAUGAGGUAGGUGUAGUGACACUUAUUGAGAGCUUGCUUAGUUUUCCUUCCUCUGAAAGGAGAAAAAAUGCUGUAUUUACUCUGAAUGAACCUGGUGGGCUUGAAAGACACCGCAAGGUUGAAUUACAUGUUAAACAUAUGUGUAAGGAAACCAUGUGUUUUCCCUUGAACUCACCCGGACAGCAAUCUGGCUUAAAAAUACUGGGGCAACUGACUACUGAUGUUAACCGUCAUCAUAUUGUUGCCAGUUAUCUUUCAGACUUUUAUUAUUUGCUUUCCCAGGGAAAUCGUAAAACCAGAAAUCUUGUUUUGAAGGUACUUUUGAAUAUGUCUGAAAACCCAGUUGCAGCCAGAGAAAUGAUCAGUUCAAGGGCAUUAGGAGCAUUAAAACUAAUCUUUAACCAGAGAGAAGCAAAAGCCAGUCUCGUUAAUGCUGUGGCCAUAUUUAUUAACAUAAAGGAGCAUAUCAGAAAGGGUUCAAUUGUAGUUGUCGAUCAGUCGAGUUACAGCACACUCAUGGACCUUUUCCGUGAAGUUAAAAUGAUUAUUGAAACAUUGUAAAAUGAGCCAGAAAUAGAACACAGAACAAUCUCCAAAUUCUGAUGAGAUAACUCCUACUUCUACCAAACAGUCCAUCUCUACCCUCUCAUGUCCUGUUUGGCUGUCUGCAUAGAUGAGCACAGUUGGAAGAGGCUUAAAGCCCAUUUCCUUCUUCCACCUUAGGUCCAUCUCCAGCGGUGACUGUGGUGGCCUUGGAGUGGUGGAAGAGUUUCUUCCUCUGUUCUCAAAGAUCCUUGCAUAAUAUUUUGUUUGUUAUAGUGUGCACAUUAUAAAUGAUGUCUUUAACACUAUUAUUUGUGGUAGUAUCUAGGUUUGAGCUAAACCAUUUUGGGGUUAUCAAAUAUUACAUUGUGAGCUGAAAAUGUUUAUUUUUAUCUUGUGUAGAGGGGGUACUUUUCAACAUUUUACUUAAGAAAUUAGUGAACCAGUUCAUCCUAAAUAAGCUAACGUUCAUUAGUGUCUGCUUAGAUCCAUUUGUGGCUUCAAAUGGCAAAAAAAAAAUAGUCUUAUAAUCUAGUUGCAGAAAGGCAUAUAUACACACAAAAAGAUAACUAACAGAUCAUGUAUGCAUUCGCACACUCAUACCCAUUGUGAAAUGUACACUCUCAACAUAAAGAAGGUAGGUGUUUCUCUAAGAUGUUUAAUAUAAGAAUUAAGUUUCCUCCUGUUCUGCCUGCAUCAUAAAGCAUAUCCUACAACCCAGAAAUAGCCCUGAAUCCUAGAUAAAAUGUCAGAUUGACUUUUAAAUGUCGCUACUACGUUUAUAACUCAUUGUUAGGCUACUUCAUUUAUGUCAAAGUCAUCUCACAGAAGAGAAAGGAGGUAGGUGUAGGGAGGAAACAUUUGCUGAGUACCUGCUCUUAUGUCAGGCAAUGUGUUGGCUCUAUACAGGUUUUUUCCCCCCUCUUCUGGCAAUGGUCCUGUGAGCCUAGGUACUUGUAGUUAUUUCUUUUUUAUAUAACUCAUUGUGGAUCACCUCCAAUGAGAAUUGGGGAGGUUAAAUACUUUUUUCCUACAUUCCCAUAGAGGCAGGUGGCAUAGCUGUUCUGUAUUUAAAAAACCAUUUACUAUGCAACCUUACAGUCCUCUCACUUUUUUAAGUGGUGGCCUUGAAGGCUCAGAGACUGGUUUUAAUGAUUCAGUUUGCUGUAGAUAAUUCCCCUGACAGUCUUGCAAUUCUUCACUUCCUCCAAAUACACAUGUCCAUUAGGCAUUUGGGGUCAGCAGAGAAGUCUGGGAUGAGUGUAUGGAUACGAACUGGCAGCUCCUGGAAAGCAGUAAGUACCCAAAACUAUUGAAUAACAUGUAAAUUUGAGUCAUUAGCAAGUAAAAUUUGCUAUAUCCUUAUCUUUUUCAACCUGAUUAUAUUUUUUGUCAGAACUGGACUCAUUCUGUACGUUGUUUCAUACAUUACAUUUUAAAAAAGAUAAUUGCUUUCUUCCUCCUUGCAAAAUCAUAAUUUUUUAUAAUUUUUUCUAUUUCAUAUGUAUCAUGAAAUGUCAAAAGGUUCCAUCUUUUACUAGUAGUCUAGUCUACAUUCUGCAUUUGUACCAGCCUAAAACUGUACAGGAUAGACUUAAUUGGAGAAAUUUAGACCCAGAACUGCAGCUUUAUCAGCACAGAACAGGAAAGCUAGGAGAGAAGCUGCUACCUCAACUGACAUAACAGUAAUUCCUGGAAGUCUUCAUGGUUCAGAAAGCGUCCCCAGGACUUUUGGACUAUGGCUAUGUUCUCUGCGGUUCAUGGUAGGAACUACAACCCCUGGUCUAAGUUGAAGAGAAUGUCCCAGUUUGCAAAAAUAGUGGGUUAUAUGCUUUGAAAUUUUUCAACAGUUAAGAAACUAACACAAGAUCAUACUGUAAAUAAAUGUUUAUAACUUGCUUUCCCCCACUAUCUGUAUAUUGUGAAUAUCUUUGCACGUCAAUAAAUGUUACUGCAGCAUAUUUUUGAAUCA